AUUCACAGAGAAGUUGCUAGUUUGCGCAGGGGGGACAAGCAGCGCACGCUAAAAAAGGGGGUGUGGGAGCAAUCAUAGUGCGCAUCUUAGCCUCCAUAGUCGGAGCCUGCACGUCGGACCUGAACCGAUCAAUCCAAGUCGUCUCCAUUCGGGUCUGUUAAUAUAUAUUGAUCGAUGGCUGCUCCACCAGCAAGGGCUAGAGCCGAUUAUGAUUAUCUAAUAAAGCUUCUUCUGAUCGGAGACAGCGGUGUAGGUAAGAGUUGCCUUCUUUUGCGUUUUUCAGAUGGGUCCUUCACCACUAGUUUUAUCACCACUAUUGGUAUUGAUUUUAAGAUAAGAACCAUUGAACUUGAUGGCAAACGGAUCAAGCUCCAAAUCUGGGAUACUGCUGGUCAGGAGCGGUUCCGUACAAUCACAACAGCCUACUAUCGUGGAGCCAUGGGUAUUUUGCUGGUGUAUGAUGUAACCGAUGAAUCAUCUUUCAACAAUAUUAGGAACUGGAUUCGAAACAUUGAGCAACAUGCUUCUGACAAUGUUAACAAGAUACUGGUAGGGAACAAGGCUGACAUGGAUGAAAGCAAAAGGGCGGUGCCUACCUCCAAGGGCCAAGCACUUGCUGAUGAGUAUGGCAUCAAAUUCUUUGAAACUAGUGCAAAGACGAAUCUAAAUGUGGAAGAAGUUUUCUUUUCAAUUGCAAGGGAUAUAAAGCAGAGGCUUGCGGACACUGACUCCAGGGCAGAGCCCACAGCAAUUCGGAUUAAUCAACCAGACCAGGCAACCGGGGUUGGUCAAACUGCCCAAAAAUCGGCUUGCUGUGGUUCUUAAAGAGGUAAGAUACUGCUGAAUUGGUGCCUGAAGCAGCAUGUUUUCUUGGAAAUCAAAUAGAAGAAAACUAAUUCUGAUGACGAUAUAAUGGUUGCUUGUAAUUUUUUGCUUAUUGUGAUUCUUUUCAAACUUGUUUUAGCGUGUGAAAGGUAGUUUCUUAUUAUUUGAGAAAUUUAUUUUGCUGCAAGCCCAGUUCCUAUGUUUUUCC